CUCUCUCGCCUCUCUUCGAUUUAACCGACGGCUUAAACUCUCCGGCGGUGGAGCUUCACUGUAACAAACGAAGAAAGAGAGAAGAUGGAGGAGACGCACGUUCUUGAGAUCAAUCUCAUCUCUGCGCAAGGACUUAAAGAACCGACGGGAAAGCUCCGGCGAUUGCAGACUUACGCAUCCGUCUGGGUUGAUUCUUCCAACAAACUCCGGACUCGAAUUGAUCGGAUCGGCUCUGAGAAUCCGAUCUGGAACGACAAAUUCGUUUUCCAGGUCUCGCCGGAGUUUCUAUCUAGCGAAACUUCUGGCGUUUCAAUCGAGAUCUAUGCCGUUGGUUACUUGCGAGAUCAUCAGAUCGGAACUGUUCGCUUCCUCGUGAGUAACUUCCUCCCAACCGCCGCCGUGAAAGUUCCGUCUCUCGUCGCACUUCAGAUCCGUCGUCCUUCUGGAAAGUUCCACGGCGUUCUUAACAUCGCGGCUAUGGUGAUGGAUGCUUCUGAACUUCCGGCUGAUUUCUUCAAGUCCGUUCAAGAGACCCGUCGGAGUCGAAGAAUGAGAAAAUCGAGAUCUGCGGUUAGUUCGUCGGAGAACGGUUUCGCUGAUGACGGCGAGAGUUCGAAAGAGAAUUCGGUUUGUGAUUCGGUUAAUUACUCCGACGACGGUACGGACUCGACGGCGUCUUCUCCGAUGCCGUCUCCUCUCAGAGACUGGAACGCUGUUCGAAAUUUGGCGGGAAAGAAUCACGUGAGAUCGUCAUCGGACGGCGGAGGAUUGAUGUGCUGUUUCUUGAUGAAAUCGUCGGGCAUGUUACCACCCCUCAAGAAGAAAAAUGACGGACGGCUGAGAUCUGUUAUCUGAUUGAUUUCCAACGGUUUCAGAUGUUCCUUUGGUUUCUAAACCAUCGAUCUUCGCCACGCGCAUCCAUACGCCGUCGUUUAGGCAGUUUUGGCGGUUAUGAGUUUGGAAAUUUUUUUGAUUCUUGUUGCUGAAAAACCUAUAAUAUACAAUUUUUUUUUU